AUGUCGUUCUUCGGUUUCGAUACAGCGCUGCCGCGCGAAGACAAGGCAGCAGCGCUUGCGAAUGACGAAGAACGUGCACUCAAUGAAAAAAUCCAGAAAGCUCUGGAUGCCAGUGCUCAGGAAGAUGUCGAAGUGUACACAUGGGGUCAAGAUGGCUACGACGGUUUGGGCGACCAGCUGGACGAAACCAAUGAUGACUUUAAUGAGGACACAUUCGGCGCCUUUAGUGAAAAUGUCGGAAAGGAUUUCGACUUUGGCACAGGCGCGCCCGCUCCCGCGAAAAGCGACAAGAAUGCGUCGGCGUUCGCUGCCUCGCUGGACGACUUUUGGGAUCUGCCUGGCCAGCCGGCGGCUGACAUGGCGCCGGCGCCCCCUGCUGCGGCACCUGUUGUGCCUGAGACACAGCAGAGCGUUGGCGCCCCACGUCCUGCGACACUGAGUGAGAUUGAAGCACAGCUCGUGCCGCAAAAGCCCGCGCCGCAGGAGGCCCGUCCGCUGACGCUGAGCGAGGUUGAGUCUCAAUUUCUUGUGCAGCGUCGCGCGGCGGCGGCUGUACCGCCUGCGGUCCCUGCCGCGUUGCCACCACACGUGGCACCGGCCUCUAUGCCUGCGCGGCCUGUGGUGCCCCUUCCUGGGGGUGUGGUGCCCCCUGGCGUGCCCAUGGCUACCCCUCCGGCGGUGCCGCCGAUGGGUGUACCUGGCAGGGCGCCGCCGGUGCCUGGCCCACUUGGUGCACCACCACCCAACCCCCAGGCCGCGCAUCUCGCACGCAUGCGCAGCAUGCUAGAGGCGUGCCCAGCUCCGGUGCAGGCCAAGAUUUUGUCGCUGCCUCCUCCGAUCCAAUUCGACUCGCUUGAAGAGGUCGUGCAACGGUAUCCCACGCUGCUACGUUCUGAGGCUACGGAUUCUGAGGCGGCUAUCCAGUGGCUUAUGUCGCAGGCGCCCGCGCGUCUCCAGCAGUGGCAACGGGCAGAGGAAAAACGCCGUGUCAAGGCGGCCAAGGUUGCACAGAUGGCCCGCUACAAUGGUGUUAUGUCUGGCUCAGACAAGGACUUUAUCACGCGGAUCCAGAUCAGCCACCUCGUGUCAGCCGACCCGUACACGGAUGACUUUUACGCGCAUGUGUUCUUCGCGGUACGUGGCGGUGCGCGCAAGGUGGUCGUGCCGGAUGGUUCUGUGGAAGCCAUCCAAGAGCACAAGCAGGCAGAGCAGACGGGCAAGGGCUCGAGGCGCAAGUUGACGCGGCAUGAGAAUGCCAUGCUUCGUAUGCAGCAGCAGGUGGAACGUCUGGUGGAUAACCGGAAGAAGCGCGAGGCCAAGGGCGCAGUGUCAUCGCUGGAGGGUACGCUGGGCCGCGUGAGUCUGGUCUCUGCGACCAAGCCGCGUCAGAUGUUGCAGCUGAUCAGCAAGCCGAAUGAGGCGCAGGCGCCCACCGCCGAGGCCACGGAUCACGAAGAUGCGAUGCGCAUGGCGCUGAAAGGAGCGUCGCUGGGCGACGCGGCGCGGGAGCCUCAGAAUGCCACGCGGAAGGCGCUGACGAGGCGCGAGACACUGAGCAUUCUGGAGCAGUUGUACUCGCUGACGCUGCGUUUGGAGCAGCUGCGUCGGGAGGCACCUGUCGACGACAGCGAGCUGAAGCAGCUGACACAGCAGCUGUGGAAGGAGCUCCGGGUGCUGGAGCCGCUGGGCGUGUCGGACCCCCAUCCAUUUGUGUCGCUGCUGAACCAUGUGAAGGGCAAGCGAUUGCUGCCGCGCAUCCUGCGACUGCUGGAUGCAGAGCAAGCGCUGACGAUGCUGACGAUGCUGAUCGCGUCGUUCCAGUCCCUGGAUGCGGUGCGGGACUAUGCCGCAUGGGAGCAGUACCAGGUGACUGAGUCGCUGCGGCACAUCCGCAGCGCCCUCUCGCCGCAGCAGGCGGCGAACGUGGCACGGAAUAUUGAGGCGUUCAUGAACUCGGUGCUCUUUAUUAUGAUGACACUAAUUAGCAGCAUGUCACUACGCAUCGUCAGUGGUAUGCUAGCUUUGCUGAUGGAGCGCAAUGACGUGCUCUUUUGUGCCAAAACGCGCCCAGGUCUGUCGCUGCUGACCGCACUCCUCUCCCGGGCCGAGUCCCUGAAGCAGGCCGCGAGUGUGCCGCAGGCUGCUGACGCGCCCGCUGCGGACGAACUCGCGCAAUGGAACAGCGUGCAAGGUGUGCUGCUGAGCCGUCUCUCGGCGCAGGGGCAGCUGCCGAACCUCUUUUUCUCAACACGUGUACAAGAGUACGUGCCGUUCGGCAUCGACAUGUACAUGGCCGGGCGCCGCCCCGGCAGCCACGCGCCUGACGCCGAUGUCGAGGACGAGCCGGCGUGGAACCUCAUGGCGCUCUUUGCGAUCCACGCCGACCUGGGUCAGCAGCAGGUGCUCGUCCAGGAGCUGCGCGACAAGAUUCUCUCGAACGUCAUGGCUGCCAAGGAGGCGAGCAGCAAGGGCGGCGCCGCCCCUGGCGCGGAAGACGUACGCAUUCGCAACGUCAAUUUGCUGUUGCACGCACUAAAUCUCGAUGCCGCGCAAAUCACACUAUAG